UAUAUGCUCCUGUUAUCAGCCACAACCCCAGAGCUUUGAAGUCAGGGUCUGUAGACCUAGUGAGCCCAUCAUUAGAUGCAAGCUCAGCAGAUGUGCCCUCCAUGUAUUCUUGACCUCUUGUAUUCAGCAUGUGUCAAAAUAUCAUCAGCUCCAUCCCAACUGGUUAUGGUAUGAUUGCAAGUACAAUAGCAUAGUACCCACAUGUCUCUUAUCACUUUCAGCUAAUGAUGCAUGCUCUGUGAAGACAACAACUAUCAAGCAUGGCUUCUAAGCCAGUAUCUAUUGUCCAAACAUACAUAAGUGGGCUCCGUUCUAAAUCAGAAGAUGAGAAGUCCAAGACUGUCCAUGAGCUGUACCACUAUGUCAGCACCGAGCUGCUGGAGGUGCCGCCGGGAGAGCUGCAGGCCUUCAUGGACGAGUUCAACCACCAGAUAUUCAACUUGGCCUCCAGCGCCGACAGCAACGACAAAAAGGGCGCCAUUCUGGCCACCGUGAGCCUGAUCAGCGUGGACGUGGGCAACAGCACCACGCGCAUCUCGCGCUCCGCCAACCUGCUGCGCAACCUGCUGCCGUGCGCCGACAUCGGCGUCAUCGAGCUAACGGCCAAGGCGGUGGCGCGACUGGCCAUGAGCUCCGGCCUGAACUCGGCCGAGUACGUCGAGUUCGAGGUCAAGCGCGCGCUCGAGUGGCUGGGCGGCGAGCGCAACGAGAACCGGCGCCAGUCGGCGGUGAUCCUGAUCCGGGAGUUGGCCGCUUCUGUGCCGACCUACUUCUUCCAGCAAGUGGGUCCGUUCUUCGACAUCAUCUUCUGCGCGGUGCGCGACCCGAAGGCCAGCAUCCGCGAGGGUGCCGUCAGCGCCAUCCGCGCCGCCCUCCAGGUCACGGCGCAGCGCGAGGUCAAGGAGACACAGAAGCCCCAGUGGUACCAGCAGUGCUUCGGAGAGCUGGAGCACGGCUUCGUCGACGAGAACCUGCGCGGUCUGACGCGCGACGACCGCGUGCACGGCUCGCUGCUGGUGCUGAACGAGCUGCUGCGCUGCAGCAACGUCGACUGGGAGGUGGAGCAGCAGGAGCUGGAGGCGGUGGCGCUGCACCAGCCCGAGCGGCACGCCCGGCACCAGCAGCAGUCGGCGCCGCGCCAGCGCCGCUACAAGGCCAUGCUGCUGCGGCUGGCGCAGAAGCCGACCUUCUCGCCCAGCUACCUGCUGAGCGGCGCGCCCGUCAGCGGGCAGCCCCUGUACGCCAGCCUGACGUGUCGCGCCCUGCUCAACGCCAAGUACACCGCCGUCUGCCACCACGUGACGUCGAACAUGUACAACAAGAGCCCGUACGUGCAGCAGGUGAUUCUGGCGAUGCUGCCUCGGCUGGCGGCCCUCGACCGAGCCAAGUUCUGUGCCAAGUGA